UUGGAGAGAUUCAGUCUGCGAUCUGACACGUGUUCUAUCAGAUUCUGUUGAUAGAUGGUUUGCUCCAGCAUGCUGUAUUAAUCCAAAUCCACUUCAAGUCUGCAGAACUGAGUCUUUGUGUUGCAGCUUGUGCUGCUGUCGCUGUCCAGCUGUCGUCCCACACAAUAAGCUUUCAUCUAAACGUCUCUCUCCAGUGCAGCUCUCCCCAACCAGAGGCUGACCCCGGAUGAAUCUGCUGAUAUGGGAACUUUCCGAUUGAGAUGAUUAUCUGGACUUUGCAGUCUGUGGAGAUUGCUUGAAUUUCCUGACUCAGUUUGGAGUUUACAUUCUUUGUGUGCUGUUGCCGAGGAAAAAUGACUGGAAUCAAUUCAGUCGCGCCAAUGAUUUUAUGGGUCAUCAUUCUGAUGGUGUUCCAAGCCGCAUCGCCUCAACCUGCUCCCCCUCGAGGACCCAGACCCAUACCUGGACGAGGUGACAGUCCGGAACCAACACCGGCUCCGCUGCCGCCAGAGCCCACACCAAGACCAGAAGGUUGUGAGACAACGAUCAUCGACUGUCCCAUCAAGCUGUUUUUCACCAUUGACACCUCAGAGACCAUCGCCCUGCAGGAAUCUCCGCCCGGGAGUCUGGUGGAGAGCAUCAAGGAAUUCAUGAAGAUAUUCGCCCAGAACCUCGAAAAUGAGGAGUACAGGGGCCAGAUCCAGAUCACUUGGUCCUUAGGGGGAUUGCACUUCUCUCAGAAGCAGGUGUUGUUCAGUCAGUUCACGACCAAACAGAGCUUCAUCAGGAAUCUCAGUCAGAUAAAAUACCUGGGCAAAGGCACCUACAUCGACUGCGCUCUCACAAAUAUGACCCACGAGAUGACGUACUUAGGGACACAGGCUGUCCUGUUCUCAGUGGUCAUCACAGAUGGUCACGUGACGGGGAGUCCAUGUGGGGGGAUCAAGGUGGCAGGCGACAGGGCUCGGGAUCAAGGGAUCCACAUUUUUUCAGUAGCAGCCUCCAGACGCAUCAAUGAACUAGGGAUGAGGGAGAUAGUCGGCUCACCCACAGAGGUGUACCGAGACGAUUACAUAGUCAUGGAGAUCGUUAAUGGAAGACCGAGGAUGAACACUGAAACUAUUGAUCGCAUCAUCAAAGUCAUGAAAUAUCAAGCAUAUCUACAGUGUUAUAAACCUACAUGCCUUGCAGUCCCUGGGAUCCCGGGACGAAAAGGGGCCUCAGGUCAAAAAGGCAUUAAAGGAGACAGAGGCAUCAAAGGACCAAAAGGUCUUAAAGGUAACCAGGGUGAUCCUGGGAUUGAAGGUUCAAUUGGACGACCUGGUCUAAAGGGAGAAGUUGGUUUUAAAGGAGAAAAGGGUGAAAUUGGAUUAAUUGGAGCAAAGGGUGCGGCGGGUUCACCAGGAAGGAAUGGAACAGAUGGACAAAAGGGUAAAUUUGGUCGAAUUGGAGCUCCUGGCUGCAAAGGUGAUCCAGGUGAAAAAGGACCAAAUGGAUACCCAGGAGACCCUGGUGACUCUGGAUUAUCUGGAAAAAUGGGAGAAAAGGGUGAUACAGGUCUCCCAGGGAAGAUAGGCCCCCCAGGCCCUGUGGGAAAUCCAGGACUAAAGGGUGAAAAGGGAAAUCCUGGAAAUCCAGGAUCACCUGGAGGAAGAGGGGUUCCUGGGAUCAGUGGCAAACCAGGACUGAGGGGCGAACUGGGCAGGAGGGGAGAUCCUGGAAGGAAGGGGGCGCCAGGACAAGAUGGGGCCCCAGGACCAAAGGGAGAUCAAGGAGCAUCAGGGGACAGAGGUCGACCUGGGGAAGAUGGAGUUAGGGGUGCGAAGGGAGACCAAGGACUACCAGGACCAAGGGGUCGGCCAGGAGAACCAGGCAGCACUGGAGGAAAUGGCACAGUGGGGCCUCCUGGAGAACCCGGACUGAGAGGAGACCCUGGACCACGUGGACCGCAGGGAGACAAUGGAAGACCAGGAUUCAACUACCCUGGACCAAGAGGACCAACAGGAGAGAGAGGAGAUCCAGGCAAGAGAGGACCCAGAGGGGGCAGAGGUGAAUGUGGUGCAAAAGGGGAGCCAGGAGCUAAAGGAGCACCAGGAGAGCCUGGUGAACCAGGCCAGCCAGGAGAGCCAGGAGAGAGAGGACCCCAGGGAGACCCUGGAAAAGAUGGGGGUCCAGGGCCAGCUGGGGAUCCUGGGCUCACUGACUGUGAUGUUAUGACGUACAUCAGGGAGACCUGUGGUUGUUGUGACUGUGAGAAACACUGCGGCGCUCUGGACAUUGUCUUUGUAAUUGACAGCUCUGAGAGUGUUGGGAUGACCAACUUCACCCUGGAAAAGAACUUUGUUAUCAACACCAUCAACAAGCUGGGAUCAAUGGCCUCUGACCCCACAUCUCCAACGGGUACGAGAGUUGGAGUGGUACAGUUCAGUCACAAAGGAACAUUUGAGGUCAUACGACUCGAUGACCCUUCCAUAGACUCCAUGUCUUCAUUCAAGACAGCAGUGAAGAAUCUUCAGUGGAUUGCUGGGGGCACAUUUACACCCUCUGCACUCAAGUUUGCCUAUGAUAACUUAAUAAGGGACAGCAAGAGAGCCCGUGCCAAAGUAUCGGUAGUGGUAGUUACAGACGGUCGCUUUGACCCUCGUGAUGAUGACAGUAAACUCAGGUACCUCUGCGAUGACCCCAAUGUGGUGGUGAAUGCCAUUGGGGUUGGUGACAUGUUUGACAAGGAACAUGACAGCGAGACCCUAGUAUCAAUAGCCUGUAACAACAAGAACCGCAUCACUGAGAUGAAGAAAUACACAGACUUAGUGGCUGAUAACUUCAUUCAGAAGAUGGAAACAGUUCUCUGUCCUGAUCCAGUGAUUAAGUGUCCAGAUCUUCCCUGUAAAACUGAACUUGCUGUAGCUCCAUGUGUUGGACGACCCAUAGAGCUGGUGUUUCUUCUCGACGGUUCGGAGCGCCUCGGGAUGGAAAACUUUGGCCACGCACGUCAUUUUGUUGAAAUGGUUGCAAAUGCAUUGACAAUGGCCAAGAACAGAAAUGACCAAAACGGGGCUCGUCUGGCACUGACAGAGUUUGGCAAUGAGAAUGAAAACCAAGUGGCCUUUCUUCUUACACACGAGCAGAAGGCUAUCACUUCUGGUCUAUCAGGUUUACAUUAUCUUGAUGCUUCGUCAGCAGUGGGGCCUGCCAUCUUCAAAACCAUCAAUGAGGUUUUGGGUAAAGGACCCACUCGCAAGACAAGACGUGGUGCCGAGGUCUCAUUUGUUUUCAUCACAGACGGUAUUACUAAUAUCACCAACCUGGACGAGGCAGCUUCUGCAAUGCGCAGGGAACACAUCUUUUCCACUGUGAUUGCUACGGGAAGUGAUGUGGAUGAAGAAGUCCUAACAAAGUUGGCUAUGGGUGACCAGACUGCCAUCUUUAAGAGUCAGAAAUUUUCUGAUCUGUUACAGCCUAGUUUCUUUGACCGUUUUGUCAGGUGGGUGUGUUAGAGACUGUCCUCAUUGUGAGUGUCAUACUGGUGCUACUGCUCUGUACUUAACCAUUUUAACAGUUGAUCCAAGUUGAAUUCACCCUUGUAUUGUUCUCAAAAAUGCUGAUUAAGGUCAGCUAAUUUCACCUCCGUCAGAGAUUAACAGGAACAAUAAUGUGCAAAACCUGAAAUAUUUGGGGAGGAGGUUUCUAAAGAACUCAGUUCUUACCAGCACUGAUUUUCUUUGUGUUCAAAUAUGAAACAAAAAAGAAAUGAGCCAAUGGUGAGAGAUAACUGGCAAAGACUUUAGGUACCUCUAUAUUGUCUACCCAGAUUGUUUUGAGUGAACAUUUUCCAGAUAACAUUUUUUUCUUGUACCAAAAUAUUAAAUUAGGUUAGUUUCGAUUUAUUUGUAAAAUGGUCUAUUUAGUUUUCCAAUUGCAAGAAACUCAAACUUAAAACAAAAUAAAUAAGGGUAAAAGAUUUCCAUCAAGUUAAUUUGACAGCCAGUAAAGCAAUUUAUUUUUCCAAAUGCUUGCAAAUUCAUCUCCAGACAUGAACACUAAUUAUACAGCGAAAUUAGGUAAUAUCAUACCAAGCUGAAACCAAGAGCACUUUGGUGUGGUCCAUUUGUACUCAGAAAUCCAACUUUCUUAUUUACUUCACAAACUCAAAAUCCAAUAUGGCUGCCUUGUGCUUCAAAUGUAACAAAAAAUGUAUGCCUUGUUUUUUGGAUUUAUGGUGAUACCUCCUCAGUCACACAUAUUGUCUUUAAUAUGUUUCUAAAUAGUUUGAAUGUAUAAAACACUGAAAUAUGUGCCACUUUAAUUAAAUUUGCCAUUAAUGACACAACUA